UUACAGACAGAUUCAAGAUGAUGAAUGAGGCUGUCAGGCUGUCUACACUCGCACACAAGGGGUUCGAGCCUAAUAUGCUACAACCUGAGGUGACGAAACAUGAAAUGACGAACGAGAGCAUAACACCAAUGCCUCCCCAACCAGACAUCAUGGAGCCAGUGAUGUUGCCAGAUCCCAUGACGCCAGAGAUGACUCGGCCACAGACGACGAGACCAGAGAUUACUCAACCACAGACGACGAGACCAGAGAUUACUCAGCCACAGACGACGAGACCAGAGAUUACUCAGCCACAGACGACGAGACCAGAGAUUACUCAGCCACAGACGACGAGACCAGAGAUUACUCAGCCACAGACGACGAGACCAGAGAUUACUCAGCCACAGACGACGAGUCCAGAGAUUACUCAGCCACAGACGACGAGACCAGAGAUUACUCAACCACAGACGACGAGACCAGAGAUUAUGCAACCAGAGACCAUAAGACCAGAGAUUAUACAACCAGAGACCAUAAGACCAGAGAUUAUACAACCAGAGACCAUAAGACCAGAGAUUAUACAACCAGAGACGACAACGAGACCUGAAAUACUACAACCCAAGACCAUGAGACCGGAGAUGGUGGAGGCGGAGGAGGAGACAGGGCCAGCACCUCACACGGAGUCACCCACCAAACACGACAUAGAACCAGUGACCGACCGAGACUUAGUGGCUGAGUCUAUGGGAAUCUCGGCUCCUGCUGGAACACCGUUUACCGAGCCUAUGGCUGAGAGAGACGAGACAUUGGAGACCAUAUUUGACUGGCUGGGUGAGACCGAGGAAGGCGAAGUGACCACUCUGCCUCCGGUAGACGAGACGGAGGAAGAGAUGCUCAACAUGAACGAUCACUCGCCCACGAUGAUGGAAAUCCCUGAGACUGUCACAGAGAUGAUCAUGGAGGAAGGGAGUAUGACCGAGCUGAUACUGGAUGAAGCGUCUACGGAGUACCCGUCCUUCACAGAGAACGAAACCUUCUGAACUCCAUCAGCCCCUGAACCACAAAGUCCGUAAACCACAUCCAAGGUCUCCAGCAACACAGAUUCGCGCCAAAAGUCCCAUUGAAGACAAAGAGGCAUCUCGGCUUGAGACAGAAAUAUUCGCGUCAAAACUUUCAGCAAUACUGAACUGGUUCUCACCUAAACCACAGGCUGCGCAAAUUCGCGCCAAAAUCUCUUGAAUAGACUCCAGCUAAAAGAGAAUUUACCUGAACAUGUGUAUGUGAUAUUUCAGGAAACCAUGAAAUUUUCCUGGAGAUGAGAGGACACAUGAUGUGUCGUUUUCUCAGUGUGAUGGGAGUGUGGGGUACAACGAAAAUAUAAGGUGGGGCUUCCUGUGCCCGCAGCUCUUGACUUCGCGAGAUAACCAAUGUGGAUAACUUACUAAGUUUCAUAUUAUAUGUUUUCAGUUCAUUGUGUAACAUAUGAUAAGAAACAUUACAAGACUUUUCCACACAUACUGAACUCCAAGAGAAGCUCACGUGUUUAGUCCUAUGAACUAAACUGUCCUGCAAUGUUUUAAUCAGGACCUCAAUAUACGGAGUUAAUCUGCCUAAAUAUAGUCAGUGGUGUCCAUAAUGUAUCAUUGAUUUAUAAAAAAAAAAUAUUACAUCGAUUUUCUAUCUCAGUACGUGGAGGCACUAAUAAAAGAACUGCACGUAUUGUCUAGAAUUCAUAUUAUAGGAGCUGUAUAUAAAAAAUAUAUACUUUGUUUUAAUAAUUCAUUGUGUACAAUCGGCCACAAGAGCAUUGGUGUGGCAACGAUGAAAAUAAGAUCGAAUCAUAGUACUGUACGAGGUUUGUUGCUAUGUUGGUAUCCCUGAAACCUGCUCGAUGGCAGUAUAUUUAAUCGCACAUUAACCCUCUCAGUGUUUUGGAGGUUUGCUCCAAGGUGUAUCAAAUCCUAACGUGUCGUGAGCACUAAAUGGAUUAAUCGAGAUAGGUUUUACAGCUGAUGUUUUACAUUGGUGUCUAUUAACGUCAACAGAGAUGAAAACAACAUAAAUAUCCUC